AUGGCGCCUCGUUUUGGACGAUAUCGCGCUCUCAACUCUCGGGACACAGUAGCUUUGCCGGCAAAGCUUCUACCGUCCGUUCCCACAUGUGCCCAAGCAUGUGUGUCUUCAAAAGUCGCCCAGGGACUAGUACCUGCUGAAUGCGACAGCCCGACCGAUGCUGCUUGCCUCUGCUCGCACUACGACACAUCAGGCUUUGCUCUUGGAGAGACGGUCAUCCGCUGCAUGAUAGAAUCCUGCCCCGAUGAAGUCUUGACGGCAUCUAAAUCUGAAGCCUAUCGUUUAUGUGCCACAUACUCGGAAGCUGUCAUAGGCACACAUUCUGUAUUGACUAUGACAGCGUCCUUCCAAUCAACGACAUCGACACCAUCUUCGCAGACCAUUCAGCCAACAUCGAUGCCAACGAACUCCACUGUACUCACACCAUCGGCUCCAAGGACUGUUGUCAGUGUGCCCACAUCGAGUGUGUCUGGUCCAUCCUCGGCUGCACCGACUAGUCCUUCUGCAACAUCAUCUCAGUCCCCUAAGCCUUUGACGACUGGUGAGACAGUCGGCAUUUCUGUCGCCUCGAUUGCUAUUGCUGCUCUCAUCUUCGGGCUAUGCUUCUUCUGCUGUUGUUGUUUACGACGUCGAGAAAAAGAGAAGAAAAACAAGAAAGCUGGCACGCCCACAAGAAAGUGGUUCAAGACAAGUCACCGGCUAGACUUUCAGGAUCAGUCUUCCCCGACCGGAUCCAGGUUCCCGUCCAGCAGUAUCGCCAGACCAGCUGCCUCGUCCGGUCCUCGCAGGCCACCAAGAUCCUUUCCAGCAAGUCCGAACAGAUCGCCUCGCUCCUCAUUGAGCAGCUUCACCAAGUCGCCCGAAGUCAUCAACCAACGUCGUUUCAGACCUACGCUUCGACCUCAACUGGAGUGGUGGAAACAGUCUUCUCGACUUGAUAUUCGCCAAGUUCCAGACGGUCACAAAUCACACAGGGCGAGCAUUUCCUCACCUAGUCGAUGUGAGACCAAGUCUCCUAGACUUCCGGCCCCUAUCACCAACAUCACCAUCAACGUGAAGAAGGCGAGCAAGCACUUGAGACCUGACAGCGCUGCUACCAGGUGGACGGUAUUCGAAGAAGACAGCAAAACGCUAGCCCACAAUGCUGUACUGCCAGAGCCUCCAAAGCUUCCGAGACACGUCUUCUUGUCACCGAUUCACCCUCCAUCACAGCCAAGCUUUGCAGACCAAUACACGACUUCUCCAGAAGACAUGGUCAAGUCAGGCUUGAUGCUCCAGAUUCCUCGCAAGCCAGUGAGGAGUGAAAAAGCAUCCCUUCCAAACGGCAUUUCUCUGCACACAGAAGCUUCCAGAAACGAGCAUCUGUCCAUGCCACCCAGCAGUGCAGCAAGCUACCUCCCAGCCUACUACACCAGCUCCGACAGUCGCACUCCUGUCGCACCGAAAUGGAGUCCUCAUGACCAUGAACGCUUCAGCCAACCCCAUUUUGCACCAUUACCUCUGAUGCCACAACGCAAUGCACACUUUUCAUGGACUUCAGCGACUACGUUUGAAUCCGUGGACCUUGACGAAACAACACCAGAGAACGAAGUCGACAAGCAGCUUUCUCCGGUUUCGUACCCCAAGGUGCCUCGUCCUUCGAAUCAAGCCAUUCCUCGCUCUCCUCCUCUGACUACCUCGAGUGGGAAGGUGACGUUGGCAGCAAAGAGACGCGGUGAAGAUUUGUCGAUUGAUCUCGGGCGUGGACUGAUGAUUUCGAGUGUCAGAGAAGCUCCCGACACACCGUUGAGAAACUACAGUCUCAAGAAACAACAGAGAAGGAAACAGCAGACCCCUCAGAUGGCAUUGAAGAGUCCUCUUUGGAAGCCGAAACUUACGCCUAGCAGAAGAGGAGACGAUUUGUUUCUUUCCGUGAAGGUCAAGGGUCGUUAA